CGUUAAAAUUAUACCUCUCGAAGUUUUAUUGUGGUCUCGUCUCAUUUCUUGUCCCAUUCCCCUGUCUCUUCACACCAAUGAAGACCAAAGUCUCGAGCAGACUAUCACUGACAUGGGUUUCGCUUCUCUGCAUCUCCUGCUUUUUUGUCGGAGCAAUGUUCACCUCCAGAUUUCGUGGGUCGGAUUCCGGUAGCCAGCUCAUUCUAAAGCACCGGCGAGAUCAGGAAGUUAGCGUGGCUACCGAGGAAUAUGCUCAUGAGAAAAAAAAAUCACAAGAAAAGGAUGUAAUUCAAGAGGUUCUAAAAACCCAUAAAGCAAUAGAGGACCACAGGUCAUUGGAUAAGUCAGUGUCUAUGAUUCAGAAGCAGCUAUCUGUUAGACACGACCAUCAACAUAUUGUGGGUGUCUCAACAACAAAUACUUCAACAAAAGGAAACCAAAUGAAGAAAUUUUUCAUGGUGAUUGGUAUCAACACUGCAUUUAGCAGUAGACAACGUCGUGAUUCUCUUAGAGAAACUUGGAUGCCUCAGGGAGAAAAGCUUGAGAAAUUGGAGAAAGAGAAGGGUAUUGUCGUCAAGUUCAUGAUCGGACACAGUGCGACACCACAUAGUAUAUUGGAUAAGGAAAUUGACUCAGAAGAUGCUCAAUACAAAGAUUUCUUUAGGCUGAAUCAUGUGGAAGGAUAUUACAAUCUGUCUGCGAAAACCAAAACCUUCUUUUCAAGUGCAGUUGCAACAUGGGAUGCUGAGUUUUACGUUAAGAUUGAUGAUGAUGUUCAUGUUAAUCUUGGUAUGCUUGCUUCCACAUUAGCUCUUCACCGUCACAAGCCGAGGGUCUACAUUGGAUGCAUGAAAUCAGGACAAGUUCUUACUAAGAAAACGGCCAAAUAUCGUGAGCCUGAGUUUUGGAAGUUUGGAGAGGAAGGGAACAACUAUUUUCGACAUGCUACAGGACAGAUCUAUGCCAUCUCAAAGGAUCUUGCGACAUACAUAUCCAACAACCAGCCAAUUUUGCACAAAUAUGCAAAUGAAGAUGUGACACUCGGCUCAUGGUUCCUCGGUCUUGAGGUUGAGCAUAUAGAUGAUCGUAAUUUCUGUUGUGGUACUCCUCCAGUUUGUGAAAUGAAGGCUGACGAUGGAGAAGUGUGUGUGGCGUCAUUCGACUGGAAGUGCAGUGGGGUAUGCAAAUCAGUCGAUAGAAUGUGGCUGGUUCAUGCCGUGUGUGGAGAAGGUGACCGAGCUGUGUGGGAUGCAAAUUUAUAACUUUCGUAGAUAAGAAAAAGAGACAAGAGGAGAUAAACAUUUUGUGUUGUAAAGAACCAAAAGGAAUAAAAAUUUGCUUCCUGUAAAAUAAGCUGA